UUCAAGAAAGUUACUAUAAGCGUUUUUUAGUUAAUCUCUUGAUAAAACACAUAAAAAUACUAAAGAACUAUGCAAUAAUGCUUCAGCUCACUGUAAGGAUUUGGUAAAGUAUGGCCAGCCCUCGGACUGUCCACUUAUAAAAAAUUUUUGCAACAACACAGAGUAUGAGGAUGUGAUGAUCACAUUCUGUUCCGAAACUUGCGGAUUUUGUGAUCGACCAAGAAUGGUAAGCUUAUUUCUUAUCAAAAGUAACUUUUUGCUAUUUGAGUACGUCACUUCGAUAAAACUCUAA